AUGGUAGUCAAGGCAGUCUCGCGCAGCGAAAAUCCUUCGGAAACGAGAACUAGGCCACUCAAGCAUGUCACUCGGGCUUGUACCAGCUGUCGCAAACGCAAAAUCAAAUGCGAUGGGGCUAAGCCGCAAUGUGCCAAUUGUGCGCUGUAUAAGCAAGAAUGUGCCUUCUCGGGAGAGAUCGACAAGCGCAGCAUUGCUUCGAGGAGUAAAAUCUCCUCCCUGGUGUCUUAUAUUCAAUCUUUAGAAUCCAUCCUCAAAUUGCACGAUAUCGAACUUCCAGCUACCCGACCGGAUCAAAUAUUACCUUCAGUAUCGACGUCAUGCUCGCCGGCGAGGGAUGUCCAGUCGAUGGAAGCUGGCCUGCAGAAGGUACAAAGCAACAGUGAUCAGACAUACUUCUCAAUCCCCUCAAAUGAUGCCUCACAAGACACCCAAGACCAGGCAUCCGUGUCCGCUGACUCACACGACAUUAGCUCUCUGCCAGACAGAAUGGGUUCUUUGCAGAUUGCGGAAGAUGGCCAAUUGCGGUUCUUUGGCCCUACUUCUAAUCUCCACAUAUCCCACGUUGGGCCUUUUCCCCUCUUUAAUUCAAACAUUCGCUCCGUCUAUUGGAAUGAAGAUGUCAUUCUCAAAGCAGCGGGAGUCAACCUGCAAGUAGACGAAGAGCUUGAGGAGCAUCUCACCAAACUGUAUUUCACCUGGGAAAACCCCAAUAUUCCUCUUGUCGACGAGGCCGCCUAUCGCCACGGCAAAUAUCGCUACCGAAAACUCAUGGAGACAACACAUCAUUACUCGGAGGUUUUAAACAACGCGAUCUGUGCUGUCGGGGCGGCACUUACUCCACGCUACUGCCCCAAUCUUCCCGAAUCACUCAUUGACUUCUUUGCCACGAGAUCGAAGGCAUUGCUGGAAGUUGAAAUGGAUUCUCCAACUCUAAGUACCGUUCAAUCAUUGGGAAUACUGAGCGGCGUCGAGGCUCUUCUCACAAGGGACGCCCGUGGCUGGCUGUAUAGUGGAAUGGCAAUGCGACUUGCAACUGAUCUUGGCCUUCAUAUUGAUGCUACACCUUUUACAGAGACAGGGCUCAUGGACACUGGCGAGGCAAGGUUAAGAAGUCAGACUUUCUGGGGCACGUAUAUCCACGAAAGAAUGUGGAGUCUCUAUCUAGGACGACCUGAGUCCAUUGAUCAAAUAGAUAUCUCGGUCCAACAACCCUCUUCGCACAUUGUACAACCUACCGACCCGAAAUGGACACCCUAUGUAGAUGAAGACCAAAACGGCACGAUAUGGGCGUCUCCCGCUCUUCUCGAAGAAGUCGCCAAGGGAACUGUCACUCUAUGUACCAAAAUGGCGUCUAUUCGGAAGAUUCUAUAUAACACCCCGCGAGGGGACCCGCAGGAUGUCAAAAAACUUUACAUCUUCGCCUCCAAAGCCAGGAAAGAGCUUUCUCAAUGGCUUGAGGAGCUUCCUCCCGCUCUAGUCAUUGAUUCGGUUAAUAUGGACUGCAAAGCCACGCCUCAUGUCAUUCAACUACAGUAUGUAUGA